AAUUUAAAGUCUGCUAUAAUUGAAUUUCAGAUUUGUGUUAUUUGUAAGGAAAUUCAUGGUUCGUGCACACAAUGUUGCAAGUGUUCCACUUAUUUCCAUGCUAUGUGUGCAUCAAGGGCUGGUUAUCGGAUGGAGUUGCAUUGUAUGGAGAAAAAUGGUAAACAGACAACAAGAAUGGUUUCUUAUUGUGCUUACCACAGAGCUCCCAAUCCAGACACUGUUUUAAUUAUGCAAACCCCUCUUGGGGUCAUUUCAACCAAAAGCCUUCUUCAAACUAAGAGAAAAGCUGGAUCAAGAUUGAUUUCAUCUAAAAGAAUAAAGGUUGAAGACACUUCUCCUGCAGAGAACACUAGACAUGAGCCAUUCUCUGCUGCUAGGUGUCGAAUAUAUCGAAGAACAAAUCAUACAAAAAAGAGAGCAGCAGGUGAAGCCAUUGCUCAUCAUGUGAGGGGUCACUACCAUCAUCCUUUAGAUGCAAUACAGAGUUUAAAUGCAGACAGAAUGGUAGACAAGCCUCCAGCAUUUUCUUCUUUCAGGGAACGCCUUCAUCAUUUACAGAGAACAGAAAAUGAAAGAGUUUUCUUUGGUAGAUCAGGCAUACAUGGAUGGGGCCUCUUUGCACGUCAAAAUAUUCAAGAAGGGGAAAUGGUUCUUGAAUAUCGUGGUGAACAAGUGAGGCGGAGCAUUGCAGAUCUAAGGGAGGCACGCUAUAGAUUAGAAGGGAAAGACUGCUAUCUUUUCAAGAUAAGUGAAGAAGUGGUAGUAGAUGCCACUGAUAAAGGAAAUAUAGCACGGCUAAUUAACCAUUCUUGUAUGCCCAAUUGCUAUGCAAGGAUUAUGAGUGUGGGUGAUGAUGAGAGCCGGAUUGUACUCAUCGCUAAGACUGAUGUGUCUACUGGUGAUGAGCUAACGUAUGACUACUUGUUUGAUCCUGAUGAGCCAGAUGAAUUUAAAGUCCCUUGUUUAUGUAAAGCAUCAAACUGCCGGAAAUUCAUGAAUUAGGAUUUAUUCAGAUCAUGAUGAUAGUAUUGCUUCUCCGCAAGGAGCAGUAGCACAUCCCCCUCAUCAGUGGGAACCUCAGUUACACCCAAGCUGUAAUUUUAAUCAAAUCAUAAGAGAAGUAUAGGAAAAAAAAAUUGUGGUAUAGGUUUGUCUUCUAUCCUUCUAAUAUUCUAUUAUUUGACAUUCAUCAAGGCCUAAUAAAAGAUACAGAUUUAACAGUUUUUGGCUCUUGGCGUCUAUGUAAAGGUGUCAGAAAAUAUUAUAUUUAUUUUGAUUAUUUAAUGCUUAAUUCAAUUCGGAAACAGCCUCUUUGCAUAUGCAAGGAUAAGGCUGCGUACAACAUCCCUCCCCCAUACCUUCGCAUAGCGAAGAGCCUCUGGACAAUGGGGUACGAAGAAAAAUUUAAUGCUUAAUUCAAUUCAUGCUGCUUUUGCAAGCAUCGA